AUGCCAUGCCAUGCCCACCCUGUCCGCGCAUGCAGCAUUUAUGGAGCUGAUCCGAGCAACUUGAUAGGACCCCAAGGCGGUCUACAGGGCUCUCACCGCAAAGAGCUAUUUGCGUCAAGUGAUAUAUGCACGGCGACGGUUUUAGGCUUGGUGGAUAAAGGUCAACCGUUGCUAUGGCUCCAUCACAACGAUACGUGGCGGACCGAUGACACAACUGUGCAGAACGGUCUUGUGGAUGCUAUGGAGCAGCAAUCAAUCUUUGGGAUCUGGCCGUGUUCCCAUGUCAAUGCUCCGCACUUUGCGUCGAAUCCAAAGCCCGGCCUUGUCCUUGUAGUCCUGGUAACACAAGCAAAAUGGGCCUACAACACUCCGUAUAUGACGGCGACUUAA